AGCUUCCCUCGAUAUACCUCUGAAGCUCUCGGUUUUUUCUUUCUCUCGCUACAUUCACUGAAAAAAUGGCCGCCCGUCUCUCCAUCGCCCUCGCCGCCUGUCGAAUCUCUUCUGUGGCUGCAAAGAGACCCUCGCUAAUUGUGUGUCCGAGGUGGCAGCAGGUUGCUCAGAAGCAACGGCUAUUCUCGGUAUCUGCCGCACUCAAGGAGAAGAGAUAUACAGAGGACCACGAGUGGAUUGAGCUGUCCGCUGAUGGCAAGACAUGCACUCUGGGUAUCUCAGAAUACGCAGCCAAAGCCCUCGGCGACGUUGUCUACAUUGAGCUUCCACAGGUCGACAUGGAAGUGGCCGAGGGCGACGUCAUCGGCGCCGUUGAGUCUGUAAAGUCGGCUUCGGACAUUCUAACCCCCAUCGCUGGUGUUGUUUCUGAAGUCAAUGAGGCAUUGGAGACUACGCCAGGCAAUGUGAACAAGGACCCCGAGGGCGAUGCCUGGGUUGCAAAGAUCACUGUGUCAGCGGAGCCUAAGGGCAAGACUAUGAGCAAGGAAGAGUAUGCCGCCUUUACCGAAGAGUAAAAUGCCCAAGGAAACAUAGGGACAGGCUAUAUGGUUAGAUAAUACAGGAUACCUGCGCACAUUCUUCAACAGGGCGCACCAAAUAUAACAUGAAUUUCACACCUUGA